AUGCCUCCUUCAAGGCCAUCUUCCGCAAACGAAAUCCAACAACGCCUAGAACACUGGAAGCUGGUCUUUGGUGCCGCUCAGCUCUCUCGGCCAGGCCCGGAUGUCCAGGAACGCACCAUCAAGAACCUGGUGGAGCACCAGCAAUACGUCCGCAUCACCCACUUCAACGACGUGGCCUUGAUGGAGCUGAGCCACCCCAUCAACUGCAGUGACUACAUCCAACCUGCCUGCCUGCCGAACGUGGGCUUGGAGAUUUCAUCGCUGACCCACUGCUAUAUCAGCGGCUGGGGAGUGACAGAUGUCUCAAAGCCAAAGGACACCUCGGAUGUCCUGCAAGAAGCCAAAGUAAAUCUCAUCCCCACAACCAUCUGCAACAGCACUGCCUGGUACAACAUGAAAAUCCACUACAACAACCUCUGUGCUGGGCACGAGGAAGGAGGCAUUGACACUUGCCAGGGUGACAGCGGAGGGCCUCUCAUGUGUAGGGAAGAAAGAUCCGAGAGGUACUGGGUCAUUGGAGUCACUAGCUGGGGACCAAUGACAUGUGCUGAAGUUCGGAAGCCAGGUGUCUUCAUCUCCACACAACUCUACAUGGACUGGAUCACAGCCAUCACCAAGGAGAACCUUUACAAGGCUACCCACAGGCCAGUGAUGGCUGAGGCCUCCUCCUGUGUGGAAGCAUUCACAGUGGUACAUGCUUCCUCCCACGCGAUGGUACUUAAUUCCUGGGACAAGGCCAUCAAAGUGGGGAACCAUGACUCCUGCGUGGAGAAAAACCCAUGCUACUCAGCGUCCCUGGACAGGGCCUGCCCGAUGGGGGAUGACACUACCUUUGAGGACAACUCCCCGGAAGUGGUAUCCUAG